GCUGCAUUACAAAUUUAAUACAUUUUUAGUAAAGUGCGAAAUGGGUUUUCUGAUCUAAAUCCAUCAGUAUUACUCAUCUGAUGAUCAUCUGAUGAUGAUGUAUCGAGUCACACUUUUCUAACAUUUCCUUAAUAACAAAGUCAAGUAAAAGGCCAAAGACCCUACUUAAUGGUAAAGAUCCUUAGAGUAUACAUUCUUUUGACGCAACAAGUACGGAACAAAAACAAUAACCGCAUUCCCCAUGAGUAAGCGUCAUGAGGCAUCACAAAAUUUUAACGUAAGUAACAUCAUAAGCAGUUUGGAACUCCAAUUCGACGGAUAGAAUGAGAAUCUGCUCCCUUAUAUUCUUUAUCAUAAACGAAAUUCUCCUAGUCAAAGGACAACAUAACGAACACUAUACUAGUCCUCAAUUAAAACACUUUGGAACACCAUUAAUUGAUAAUUCUUAUAAGCAACUGUAUGCAGAUUUAGGAACUCCCAUUCGUCUUCUACAGGAAAAUAUGACUAAGGAAAAGCGUUUCAAAAGAAGUAGCUUAGGUGGAAAUCUAUAUUACGAUCACAAGGGUAAACCAAGAAUAAGAAAGAAGUCACGGAUUCGAGUGAACACUACAAAGGAGAAUACUCAAAAAAAUUGGUUUUGGAACUUAUUCUCAUAACGAAGGUUUACCAGCGAAAAAUUUCAUCAGACCAUGUAAAUAAAAGUCCGUUUGGGAUUUAUUUAUCUGACUUCUGGGUAAAAAUCCAGUGGUUACUCAUGAUAUUUUAUAACUAAUAAAGAGUUGCUAUUGCGAUCUAAAACUUCUUGGGUCAUUUUUGAUUAAAAUAA